CCGCCCCGCGCCGCCACCGCGCGUCUCCCCGUCCCCCCCAAGGAGGCACCGCGGGACCUCCGUCCCCGUCCCCGUCCCCGCGCCGGGAGGGCAUCGCGGCCGCACCGCCGCGCCAGGUUGAAGGCUGCGCCGCGCCGAGCCCGCUGCCUCUGCAUCGCAUUAGGCGUGCUGGAGCCGAGCUCGCGGGGGGGCUCUUUGUCAGCUGCAGCCUGUGGAUUUCCCGGGCGGGAGAGCGGAGUUUUUCCUCCUUGCCCCAAAGGCGCAACCUGCCCUCUCCGCUGUGGCAGCGCUGAUUUUUAUCCUUUUUCCUUUCUUUCAUUCUUUCAUUCUUUCUUUCUUUCUUUCUCUCUUUCCUUCUUUCUUUCUUUUUUUUUUUUCGGGGGGAGAGUUGAUUUUAUAAGAAUAUCAUCUGCUUGGCGUGCUGUGGAUCUGCUGUCCCGGGCUCAGCAGCUCACCCUGAGCACGAUGAGGGCCGCUUUCCAGAAUUGCAUAACACACACCGUUCCCUGUGUGCACGAACUCCCUGACAUCCCCUGAUCCCGGUGACUUCCCUUCUAAAUCCAGACCGGGGCUCCAACCGCCGCAUGAGCGACGCUGUGCUGCCUUAGCAGGGGAUGGGACCUGGUCUGCACGUUUCGGAUCUCCCAGGCUCCUCCAGCCGGUGUUUUUUAAGGCACUAAACUUUUUUUUUCUCUUGUGUAAAGAUUGGCACUUCUCCCUCUCCCUCCAAUAAACAGUUUUCCCCUUUCUUCCCCACCCUGUGCUCAUAGACACGUGUCUGUAGCGCAGGUUGUGGAGAGAGGGUUGCCUGCCAAGCUGUUUCUUUCCUUUCUCAGGUCUCUUUGUGUGUUUAUUUGUCAGUUAACCCAGGAGGUCCUUUCCUCAGGUUGCGUUUUGCUCCGGACCUUUCUGACUCCUGCUCAGAUCUUGCAAAUUUUGCUCUGGUGGCUGUUGUCUCUCCUUGCUCCCUCCCUGUCUUCGGCAGCCGAGCUCUGCUCUGAUGGCUCUGGGCAUGUGCAAGGGAUGCUCAUAGCCAUGCAUCUCGCUGGGACCAGGUGCAGGGAUGGGGGUCGCUGGGGAGGGGGUACUGCCCAGGCAUGGGUUGUGCCUCGGCAGUGAGAGCCUCACGCCUGCCGGACUUCUUUGCAACAACCCUUUUGGAUAACUUCAUCCAAGCCCGCUGUCAGAGCAGGCCAAGCCGUGAGCCGUGUGCUGUCUUUGGUCUGAUUUACCCUGUGCGGAGCUGCUCCAGCUGAGCCCACUGAGCCCCCAGUGCAGAAUGUGCCCCCGCCUCCCGUGCUGGGGAGGAAGGCGUCUUGAUGCCGCCGAGCUGCAGAGCUCAUGGUACACGUAUGGGUACAGAUAACAGUGGCGGGGCUCAGCUUUUAGAAACAGUUCUGCAAAACGGGGAGCUCUGAGGGUGCAGCCAGCCUUUUCCCCCUGCCAAUCCCGCGUGGAGCCGUAGGAGCGCAUCCUGCUUCUGCCGGGGAGCUUGGCUCUGUCGUUUAUUAUUGCAGCCGCUGCCAUUACGCUUGACAGACGGGAGUUGCUGAGUAAUGUGCUGUUUGUGUGUAAAUAUCUGAGCGCUCACCAUCGCGCUCCCUGCCGUGGCUCUGCAGCGAGCUGCGUCAGCACCUCUCCCUGUGCAGACCCCGGUGAGCAUCCUCUGUUCCUUCUGCUCCCCAUGCCCUGCGCGGUGCUCCCAAAGUGCCGUUCUGCUGCCGUGGGUCAUGGAGAGGCCAUGCUGCUGCCUGGGUGUGAACUGGGGCAGGAAAGGGCUCUGUGUAUGAGCGCAUGUGUCUGUGUCUGUAUGCACCUUGGGCACAGGGAUGCUGUCCUAGAGUUUGCAGACAUGUAUUUUGCUAUAAACUAACUCAUGGACAACUAGGAAAGCAGCUCUGUUUCGCUGUGCUGGUUUGUUCCAUGUUUUUUUCCCACCUAGCUACUCAGUCCCAAGUUCCCCUUAAUUUCAUCCCAUUACCACUGAAGAUGCUGAAUUAUUCCUUCCUGUAUCAUUUUCAUCCCAUUUGCAGAUUAGCAUCCGACUCCCCCUGUCAGUGCCUGCUCAGCCCGGCUAGACUGAUCACAGCUCCUUUAAUCUCCCCUUGUAAAUCAAUCCCUUCUGCCUCCCCAUCAUUUUUUGUCGCUCGUUUUUCUGAAAUCCCUCCAAUUUGUCCAUUUUGUGCUGGUGACGUAUGCCUGGCCCUAAACAUGAUGUAUACCAGGCAUGGCAGCAUGAGGGAAGGACACCUCCUCCCCUCCCACCCGCUGGGGCUUGUGAUGCUUUGUCAGCACUGAACUGAGUUACUUCCCCAUUAUUCUAAGCUAUAGUCCCUGCUCGGUGUUGCAGAAGGAAGCAGCAUACCCAGGUCAGUGCCCUGGGGAGAAUUCCUCCAAAUUUCAGUGGUGGGUUGGCAAGCUGGGUUUGUGUGCUGCUAUUGCAUGCUGGUGCUCCAGAUGCUGUGCUGGGGGUGUCAGGAGACCACUGUGCCUCUUCCUGCAAAAGCUGAUGGUUGGACAAGGUAAGGUGAGCAAAGUGAGUGAAGACAAACGGUGUUGGGCAGGAGGAUGGGUGGGGAAACUGAGGUCCAUGCGCAGGCUCAGUGCACGUUCCCUCCAAGGCAGGGGGACUUCACGUAGAGGCAGCACUUUGUACAGUGGUGCACUUCGAAGUUUCCUUAUCCCAAGCCUGGAACUCCCAGCACUGUGCGUUCCCACUAGCUGGGAGGGCCGUGCCCUUCCAGGGACCAUCUAUUUUUAGGAGGAGCCGCGUUCUGGACAGUGGCCACUGCAGAUGCUCUCUGCCUCCUCCUCUUGGCCCCUCUCCACGAGAUCUGCUGGUGGGGAGGGUUUUGCUGAGACUCUACAAGAGCACAAUGGAGGUGGCACCACGCAGGGCACAGGGACACCUGAGCGGAUGUCACUGCCCAGGGGUCUCAGUGGGGCUGCACUGCCCUUCACCUGAGUGGGGAAAUGGCAUUGGCUGAGGUCUGGGGACCAGCAGGACGCGGCACAUUUGGCCGCCUCUGGCUGCAGUGCAGGGUACGUCCGUGGAGUAGGAGGGCAGUCUGGGUGGGUGCACGAGAGGGGUCGCUGUGGUGGUCCUGGUCCUGGUCGGGUGCCGGUCCCUUCACCACGGUGACACUAGGGGGCACGAGAUGUGCUGGAAUCCCCUUUGGUGGGAAUGGGAAGGAAGGAUGCGAUGCGAAAGCCACUCUGGACCAUUCCACCUCCUUCAUGAUCCCUCUGCACGCUUUGCAGGAAUCUGAGCAUGAAACCCCCACAGGGGCCACGGGCUGACGUUGGUGGCAUGUCCUCGGCCCCUUGCCCUUACUCUCUGUCCGUGGUCCCUUGUCCUGCUGAGGGGAGGACACGUCCAUCCGGCUGCACACACUGCUGCUUGUGGCCAUGGGAGCAGCGGGAGUGCAGGUGGGAGCGCUGAGCUGCUAUCAUCAUGGGAGUGAGGAGGUGGUGGGCUCGGACAGAGGGUCUCCGGGGAAUUAGGGAAAUCCAGGAAACACCUAGCAUGGUUUUAAUUCCUCCCCAGAGGCUUUGUCCAGGCAGAAUCAGGUUAGACUGGGAAGAUGGGCCGCGCUUUGGUUUCAUUUUCUGCUGGAUGUUAAGUCCACGUGGGGUACCUCCUCGGGGCGGUGUUUUCCCAAAGCAGCAGAAACUUUAGAGAGUCAGAUGUGAUGAGCAGUCCUGAUCGAUCUGGAACACGUGUCUAUUUAUGUAUUGGGUAUGUGUCCGCUGAUGCAUCUGGGUCGUGUUUCAGAAAAUGUGUUUUUUGAGGUGUGUUUAUGCAUUUCGGCAUAAAUUCAACUGUCAUAUUGCCUUUUGUCCUUAAAGUCUAUUAUUCCAGCUGUGAAUGCGUGUGUGUGUACUAAAGCACCGUACACUGCAGCCUUUCUCUUGCUAUAACAAACCUUGUGAAAAAGCAAAUAAAGAGACAUUGUUCUCAUAGUGGGCUUGGAAGGAUUCAAUAUUUAUCUUCUAUGAAUUUUGAUAGUUUUUGUUCAGCGUGUUUGCAGGUUGUGGGUUUUUCUUCCUUUUUUUAGCUUAUCUGCUAAAAAAUUUGCACAAGCAGAAAACCGAAAACAUCCAGACACGCUGAGUUUAUUCAUUACUUAAUGAGCACAGGAGUCAAGCUUCUGGUCUAAAAUGAUGCCUGCUAACAGCCUGGCGCAUCCCUUUCUGCCUGGUCAGUUCUCAAUGCCUUCUGGCUGCCAGACACUGGGAAUCGGAGCACUGCUUCUCUCCCAAACCCCCAGGCAACAAUUUUAGGACACCAAAGCAACGCAAACGCACCCAUCCUCCUGGAGCAGUGCUGGGAGGGUGGGGUGGGAGCACGGAGGAGAUGCUGUGCUGCUGUUUGCUCUUCUGUGCUCAUUCUCCCACAGCCCAGCGCGUGGUUCUGUGGAUUUUGGGCUGUGCUGGGUCUGCUUUUAAGUCAAUUAGGGAUGGUGUCUGAAGGCGGUGUUGUGGUUUGAGGAGGCGAGGUGAUUUGUCUGAAGGUGUUACCUAAUUGGAGGGUAUAGUCAAGGCUCUAAUUAGCCGUGACACCCUAAAGAUGUCAUCGAUGCCCCCUGUCCCAUCAGCCGUGCAUUGCCCUCUGGGGCUGCUGCUGUUUUCCAGUGAUGCCUGUACAGUCGCAGAGCGAAAGGAGGCUGCAGCAGAUGGAAGAAUUAAUAUGAGCACUCAGUGGGGGAAAUCUCCCCUCCCUUUCCCCGUGGGGGGGUGGGAUUGUGCUGCUCCCUGCUUGGGAAGGGUGGGUGAGGGAGGAUGGCGAGGUUUGCAAGAUAGGAUGCUGUGAUGGAGAGGUGAUGGAGGGGUGAUUGCAUGGGACCAGUUGAGACCUGACCCAACCUGAGGGGCUGAGUGCAUGGAAGAGAAGGGACGGGGGCACCUCCAUGACUGCUGCUCCCUGCUUGGGUCACUUUGUGCUUCCAGAGCCAGGAAACAGCAUGAAUUGCUCCUUUGCAACCAGUGCUGAGCAUCAUCAGGAGCCAGGUGGAGCUGGGGGGCUGGAUGGCAGAUAGGGACAGGGAACAGUGUUGUCCUGCCCAGCAUCACACAACAGCAUCCUGUGGUGCUAGGGCUGAGCUCACCCCUGGAGCUGCCAACACCCAAAUGCUGCCCAAGGGAGUUGCUCAGCCCCUGGGCAGAUGUGCAGUCCUGGGAGGGCUCAGAGCUCCUUUGGAGGAAGGAGCUACUGCUGUUCCGCUUUGGAUGGGAGAAGAAGGGAAUUCUCAGGGCACAGCUCCUUCUUUUCUCAGUGCUGCAAGCAGCCCCACUCUGCAGAGGGGCUUUGGUGUUGCAGGCAGUGCCACUGUUCCCCUAAUGCACAUGCUCAGCCAGGCGCAUCUCCAUGCUGGUAAUUACCAAGGGAUGUGUCUGCUUUUAAUUAUGUGGGUGUUAAGGGAGUGAAUGCAUUUUGUUCACCGAGUUGCAGCCUGUUAUUUUCCUAUACCUCAUGGUCUCCGGUGGCUUUCACGAUCCCUGGAGCAUGGUAUAGGGUAACAUGGUCAUGGUGACCUGCCAGGACCCUGUUUGCCCACUCGUGAAAUGUAGCAGCUACUUACAUUACAGGUACCCUCUCUGCACCACAGUCGUUUCGUCCAUGAGCUAAAAAUAAUGCUGGUGACAAUGAGGACACAUCAUCUGCUGCCAUCAGACCUGGAUGCAGAGGCAGGCAGCCCGUCCCAGGCUCUGUAGAUGUGUGAUUUGCCCUCAUUUGUGCAUCACCUCCCUGGCCUCCCAACUGGUGGACGGAGGAAUAAAUACAUUUAAAAGAAGGAGAGGACAAAAUGCUGCCGCUGCUCUGAGGUUUGAUCAAAAACGCUCUGUGCAGACCUUCGGACUCCUCACAUAGCCAAGAGCUCCAGAAAUAAGUUUUAUGGCAAAGGUGCACCAGCACAUAACUAUUCAUUUGGGAAGCGGAUGGCUUUGCUCUGGAUACACCUGGAGGAGGUGCAUUUUGCAGGGUGUGCUGCAGGCUGUGUCAGCUGCAGGCUGCUUUAUUUGCUCUCUUUUGGUCACUGUUUGUCCCAGCUUUGCUGCACAGCACAGCUUCCUCCCACUGUGCACCCAACACGUGUUGCACAGACACGUUCCCCUGCUCGCUGCGCUGUGCCAGCCCACCUAUUUGCAGCUGAGGGAGCUGAACCUGCUCUUUCUUUUUUUUUCUUUUGUGAUUCAUAAAAAGUCUCUCUCUCUCUGGAUGGAGUUGUCUGUGCUUUUAUUGACUUGGUUCCGGGAACAGCAGUGACUUUUCCGUCUCCUGUGUGCAUGAUUUCUGCGAGGGCUCUGAAGCAGGGGCCAGCCCUCGACGCUGCUGUAUCUCCAGUCCUAACGUUGUUAGUCUGACAGGCCCAUUGGAUAUAUAGGUGCAUGUAGUUUUAUCUUGUGCAUGAAAGCAAGGUCUGUGGCAGGGCACAAAGCAUCGCUGAAGGCGAUGUAGGAGGGAGCCCAUUGGCUUGGCAGCAUUGUUGGCCAUACCACAGUAGUGCUGUGCCAACUGGCAGAAGCCCCCGGCCCUUGUAAUGGGAUGUUUCUGCAUGUCUCCUCUCUCAAGGCAUUUUGGGGAGCUCCCCUCUUAACAGUUGCAGCUGGGCUCUGUGGAGUCAAGUGCUGCAGGACAGCCCACACAUUUGCAUGGGGAUUCCCAGUGAUGCCAUCCAUGUCUUCAAAACCCAGCAAGGUGCCAUCGGCAGAUAGACUAUUUUCCACCUGUGCGCCCUGCAUGCUGGGCUCCUGCUUCAUGCACGUUGUACUCUCCAUUCUGAGAUACACUGACCGAACUGGUGGGGCUCAUUUAGCUGGGAUGAGGGCUGGGAUGAGUCUCAUAGAUGCACUGCAUCUCCACCCUACAGUUUUUUCACUGUAUAGACACAUUUGCUGCCUCUCAUCUAUCUUUGGGUCAGUCGCUUUGGGUCCAUGUCUCCAUUGCUCCUCCAGGAAAUAAGGGUGAAGGGUUAAUGUCUUUAGGACCCAAGAUGCGGCCCUGACUUCAAGAGCACUCAGCAUUUGUGCUUCCUAGUUUUGGCACAUCUUUACCUGCAGCCAGGCCAGCAGUGCUGUUAUUUUUCCAGGUGGAUCUUUCCACCUCCCCAGGGCUGAGAAAGGGAGAAGGCAAUGAAGCACCUCUGCCCAGGUCAGAGGUGUCACUGGCAAGGGAAGGGGCUCGCUGGUUUCAGCUUUCCCCCACAUGGGAUGGAUCAGGAUUGUCUGACCAGUGUUUGGGUCUAGGUUCUGGGACAUGUGGUAUAUGUGCACAGUGAUACCUGCGUCCGCAUUUAGUUCUGUGGUAUUUGCCACGGUACAUUACCACGGUCAGCAGCGAACCUUGCCACAGCGUGGGGAUGCAGGAAAGUAUCAUUGCCUGCACAGAGGGGAAACUGCAGGCUGGAAUGGCUUUGGGAUUUCCUGGAGGUCCCAGAGCAGAGAUGGUGGCAGAAAAUCAGACUUACUGAGUUACAGAUGGAUCCUGCCAGCUGUGGGAUACACCAGAACACUCUUUCCCUAGACCAAAGCAGGGCGUCCGCCCCUCCGUGCAGUGCUGCGUGCUUAUCUGUCUGCCCCUCUGGCAGCCGAACCCCUGAAAUGACAUUUGAAGGCUUUACAUUUAUUCUCUCCUGCCAGUUCCAGAUCGGAUUUGCUGAGUUGUCAGGCAGAAGAUGCUUUUCUCCUAAGUGCUGGCCCCGCAGCAGCUCCCUCUGCUCCAUUGCUCCUUGGAGCAGAGCAGCUGGGCUCCUUCUGCCUCCGCUGUCACCAGCAGAGAUGUGUGGGGGCCGGAGCCACAGCUCUGCCAGUGGGUGCAUGAAGAGAAACAGAUUUCAGCUUCCAUCUUCCCCUCUUGUUUGGGUCACGCUGGGAUCAGCUGGCAGCGGGUGUUGAAAAGCAACAGACAGGGCUUGCCCUGGGAAAGAGUUGCUGGGGUGGAGAGGGCGAGGGUACUUGGUGCAAUCCCAUCCUCCUGGAGCUGGCUGAUGCAUCUGACCUAGGUGCGUGCAAUGAGCUGGUGGGUUCUCAGCGCCCAGCCCCAGCAGGCGGGGUGCCUGCCUGCAGAUAACCAGGACAAGUGACACUAACAAGCAGCUCGCCCGCCAGCUCUGUGAGAGGAAGGCAAGCACUUGUCCAUGCGUGGCGAGUAAAUUGUGCCUUUGUCCCUGGAGGCUGUCACUCUGACGCUUUGCCGUGUUCUGCUGGCAGAGAGCAGCACUGGGGGCUUGCCUUGGCAAGCAGAGCAGAGACACGUGUCCCAGCUGGAAGAGAGAAAUGAGAAACCUCCCCGAGGAGGCAUUUGCAAGUGGCAGUGUGAUCGUGCAUGCUGGUGGGGUCCUUGCACAAGAAGCGGACAGCAGUGUCCCUGGGCUGGAGCAGAGCUGGGAGCAGCCUGCUGUGUGCUGGUCCUUGAGCACUGCUCAGGACUUGUGCACUGUGGUCGCACAGCAGUAGCAGCAAGGCUGGCAGCUCAGCUGGUGCCGUGUAACUCAGCACAGCAGUGAUGCUUUGACCCCAGCAUACGGGUAGGAUGCCCCGCAGCUGCUGCACAAACAGAGCCCACGCUCAAGGGCAGAGCCAGCACGUGUGGGUGCAGAAGGGGCUGUGACACAGGCAAAUUCAGCGUUGGCUGCAACGAGCAGCACACCCGAGGUUGCUGCUGUCACCCAGGCUGGGAGAUGGAGGAAUUUAAUUAUCCUUCUAACUUCUUCCAGAAGGGGCUUGGAUGCCAUAGCAGCAGACAGCUUUCUAAAACUGAGAGUUGGGGGGGGGAGGAAGACAAAGCACCCUCCUUUGCUGAGUUCUGGUCAUUCACCCUUCUAGUCAUCCCAGCCCAGACAGCAUGAAUGGGCUUUGGAGGCACGGUGGGCAAAGGGCACAGCCAUGUCAGUGACACCUCCUCCCCUCUGCAGGAUGUGAUCUGCUGGAGGUAGAGCUCUGUAGGGCUCUGCUUCACAGCCCUGCUGCAUGCUGUCUCCCCUCAAUCGCUGCCGUGGACAUUAAUUUUUCCCAGAUUUCUGCUUCCCUUUGAAUAUCUCUGCUGUGGAUCAUUUUCCUUGCAUGUGUUAGCUGGUAUUUUCCCAAAGCUGAGUCCUGAGCUAUUUCCUGCCUGUCUUUCUGUGAUUUCUCAUGCUCCCUCUUCUGUUGUGCCUACACCCACCUCGGUACUUGCCAUUGUCACUGGGUAUGGAGGAGAUCUCUUGCUCUUCUCAUUCAAAAAGCCUGCAGGAGGAGAGGAACUGCUCAUUACAAAAUGGCAAAGCCUACUCGGCUCCUGCUUACGCCUCCCCAGCUGGAGCACAGUGGCUCAAGUCCUGUGGUAGCCACAGUGGGAGGACAAAUCCAGAGUUUUGGGAUGGAGAGAGCUUUGGGGGGUGGGAGAAGAGGGUGCUGCAGGGCAGGCUGCUGGGGGUCUGCAGGGCUGCGGGCUGGAUGGGUGGCUCGAGGAUGCAGUGAGAAGGGACAAGCAGGGAGCUGUUCCCCUGAGGGUCUGCGGGAGCAGGAGGCAGUGAGAGGAUGUAGGGGCUGUGGGGUUUCCUCUCUGCAGUGCUGUGGGUUUUGUGCUUGGGAGCACCUCUGUGAACCCCUUUCUUCCCUCCUUGCCUCGUAUGCUCCACUGAAGUACCAGGACAGUGCUGCUUUUCCCAAAGCCUGCUGAGGAUCCCCACCUCACGCUGCACGCUCAGGAGCCAGACAGCAGCUUAAAGACUAAAUAUAUCUGCUGCUGCAGCUCUUGGCUCCUAUAAAAAUAAAUCUUACCGAGGUAACUUUGUGCCGUGCAGUUCUCAGAGCUUGCUUUGCUGUGGUUUCCACUGAGAUAGCAUUUGGCUAACGCAGCCAAACAUGAGCAGAACAAGCCUGGAGCUGUAUAGAAAGUGAUAAGAUAAGGCAGGGCUAUGAUUUGCCUGUCUGAUCCUGAAGCUUUGUGCAUUAUUUAGUGCGUGUAGUGAGAGGUCAGUAGCCUCCUGAUAAUUUUCAUUAGAUUAGUCAGGCAGGGUAAUCACCUGCUCAGAAAAACCAACUUGACACUGUCUGUUCAAUAGUUGGGGUUUAACUGAAAAUAAAUAGCCUUGUAAUUAUAAGGACACUGCAAGGUCAAAAGGCUCAAAGAUUCUCUUUCUUUUCUCCCUCUGAUAUGUUUACAGAGAUCUUGCUAUUCUUUGUGAGUUUCUUUCUUUCUUUUUUUUUUUCCUCCCUUAAAUUCAAAUCAAAAGCUUCAGAGCUCUUAAAGGAAAUUCAACACUUCCACGGCAGUGGACGUGAGUGGUGUUGCAAUAGCCAAACGAUGCCUCUGACCCCAUGCUAAUGAGCGGGGCACUCAUUAGUGCACUGGAGUGUGUGCUGCCCGCCCAAGCAGGGCAGGGAUGCACUUCCCUCCUCAUCUGUGCUAAUUCUGGGAUGGAUCCAGCCUACAAAACCUGGCUGCAGGUUGCUCCCUGCUCAUCAUAGAAUCUUAGAAUCACAAGGUUGGAAAAGACCUACAAGAUCAUCUGGUCCAUCUGUCCUACUGUUGUGUAGCAGAGUGCAUCCCUCUUCGGGUGAGGUCAGCCCAGCCCAAGUGUUGUCCUGUUGAAGUUGUGCAUCAGCUCCUGGGGUUGACUCUGCUGCUGUAGUUGGAUGCUGUUCCCUCUCAGAGAGACCAGGGAGGAAGAGUGGAAGUGAUGCUCAGCCUGCUCAGCUUUAAUCAGUACCAAUGGGCUCUGCAAAGGGGUUCGUUUGUUGUAGCAAAUGGGAUAUUUGCUAUUAAGCUGGGAUAGGUGUGCAUGCACUGCUGAAAUCUUUGCCCUUUUCCAGCUUCAGGUGGUUGUGCUUGCUAUUUAUCUUCCUCAAUUGCAUGUGAAAACUAAUGUCUGGAGGGACCUUUGUAAUCUUGUCCUUCUGCAGGACUGAUGCUUUCUGCAUGAGGGCUGGAUAAGAUGCUGGUGCUCAGGGUUUGUUCAGAGCUGCUGGUGCCAGAAGUGAUGGAGAGGUUGUUGUGUUCCAGCACUGCACUGUGACCUGGGCACCUUGCUCUGCCCAGCAGUUGGGUGAAGCAAGCAGUGAUGCUUUCUGUCCUGAGCUCAGCUGUGAGCCAGGAGAGCUGCUGCCUGCUUCAAACCUGGGCAUCUACAUGUCACAAAAGGCAGUGUUUGCGUGCUGAUGUCAUCACAAAGCUGUGUGCAUCCUUGCUUUGGUGAGCUUCCAGCGCGGCCAGAUGAGUUCGCACGUUCAGCCCCUGCGGGUCCUGGAUUUGGUUUUAUUUCCUCCAUCCCGAUGGACCAUAAGUGGGGAUCCUCACCACGUUGCUGGCGGGGCUGGUGCUCGGCCCAUCUUCGCAGGAGUCUGUUGCUCUCGUUCUCUGUCAUAGGCUUUGACGGAUGCCUCGGGGAGAAGGAGGGCAGGGCAGGGACCGAUGUGCCAAAUGACGGAUGGUGCGGUCUGAAACUCCCAGAUCCGAGCGACGGGGUUCAGCCGAUCGUGGGCAACCAGAAGAAUCCCAGAGACUUUGAUGAUAAAUUGGGGACGCCCCCAGGACUCAGGACCGGUGGAGAGAUGGCCAAUCCUGUCCCGUCAGCCUGCUGCGUGGUGCUCGCCGCGGUGGUGGUGGUGUACGCUCAGAGGCACAGCCAGCAGGACAGCCACAUCCAGUAUGAGCGGGUAGGUGCCGACGUGACCAUGAAGUGCGGCUCCAUGGACUGGGAUGCAGCUGUGACCUGGACGGCCAACGGCACCGACAUUGAUGAUUCCCACCUGAACGGGUCCUACCUGAUCCUGAAGAACGUGGACCUGACACAGAGCGGCCAGUACUCCUGCUACGAGGGCUCCUCCUGGCACCUCAAGUACCAGACCUACCUUAGGGUGGGAGUCCCCCCGAAAGAGCCAGUGCUGAUGUGUCGGUCCAACAACUACCCAAAGGGUUUCUACUGCAGCUGGCACCUGCCCAGCCCCACCUACAUCCCCAACUCCUUCAACAUCUCUGUCAUACAUGGCACGAGAGAGAUGGUCUGUGAGAAGGACAUCUUCCCCAAAAACAGGUGUCAUAUCAGAUACCUCCAGCUCUUCUCAACAGUGAAGUACAAGGUGACUCUGACAGUCACGAAUGCUCUGGGCAAAAACUCCACCACUCUCACCUUUGACGAGUUCGCCAUAGUAAAGCCGGAUCCUCCAGAGAGUGUGGUGGCCAAACCUGUGCCCAAUAACCCCCGGCGGCUGGAAGUGUCAUGGCAGAACCCCUCAUCCUGGCCCGACCCCGAGUCCUUCCCACUCAAGUUCUUCCUGCGCUAUCGGCCCCUCAUCCUGGACCAGUGGCAGCACGUAGAGCUGUCGGAUGGGACAUCACACACCAUCACGGAUGCCUAUGCUGGCAAGGAGUACAUCAUCCAGGUGGCCGCCAAAGACAAUGACAUCGGCACGUGGAGCGACUGGAGUGUGGCUGUGCAUGCCACCCCCUGGACGGAGGAGCCCAAGCACCUCACCACGGAGGUCCAGAUCACAGAGACGACGAGCACCAGCACUUCCUCUUUCAUGCCGCCCCCCACCACCAAGAUCUGCGACAAGGGGGCCGGAGUGGGCAGUGGGGCCGUGGCAGUGUGUUGGACAGCUGGACUGGUCUUGGCUGCCUAUGGUGUCCUCUUUAUUUAAUCCCCAUCCGUCGCAGCCCAGCGGAGACAACCUCCCACCGCCACCGCCACCGCCACCACCACACUCCCUCCGCACCCCGCCCGUUUUGAGUCUCUUUAUCUCUUCGAUUUUGCACACGUUGAGGACGUAUCACGCUUCUCGCCAUCGCUGCGGAGGAGGACAGAGCCACCAUCCCCCCCUCCAGGGGGACCUGCCCCAAAAAACCUCGCCGAGAGCCCAGAGCGAGGACACGCACUUGUCCCCAUGUCGCCCACCCCGUCGCCGCUCCCAGCAAGGCGCAACGAUCCCGGGCACCGUGCCGCAGCCCCGGACCCCGCGGGCCAGCCCCGCCAUCGCUCAUACAGCUAACCCGCCACGCCAAAGACGUGCCACCGCCGCGCCACCGCCACGCCACCGGGACGCGGGUGACAGAGAGCGUGAUGGCGCGCUCGGAAGAGGGGACGGGAAACGGGGACAGGGAUGGAGGGAUGCUCUCAACCUGCGGCCAAAAGGGGCACCCCGGGGACCGGACUCACUCCCCCUUGAGCUCUUGACGGCGUGGAAAAGCUGGAGGGGUGCAGGAUGAGGGCUCGGUCCCCUCCGAGGGGAUGGUGGAGGGAUGAACUGGUGGCUUUCAGGAGUGCAAUGGGGAUUCGGGAGCUGGCUCGGUUUUCAUGGGGAUAAAAGGGGAUCAAAACAGCGACAAAAGCCUAGGCUCCCUCCAGCAGCCCCUUGCAGAGCAUCGCGGAGCCUGCCCCUCCAGCCAGCGCCCAGCAGCACCCAGAGGAGCCUUCACCACCCCGUCCCCAUGCCCCCACACUCUUUUAACCACGUUGGAUACAGGGAAUCGCCUCCAUCAACACCUUUGUCUUACUCUUCAGCAAAAUAAGAAUAGCUUUGCUGUCCCCUUAGAGCUGGAGCCCCGCAGACCUGUCCCCCGCUGUCCCUGGCUGUCCCCACCCCACUCUGCUCUCCUCCCCGUCCCACCCCAGGCCCUGUUUUGUAAAGACAGCUCCUCUUGUCCCUGCCCGAACCCGAGCGCAGUAUUUAAUACCGUACGUCCUAGUAUUCCAACUGUUGACAUGCUGUAUUUGAAUUUUUUAUAGAUGUAUAUAUAUAAAAAAAAAAAAAAAAGAAACAAAAAAAAAUAAUGGAGGGAAGAAAAAGGAAAAAAAAAAAAGCCCACAGAGACACACGCACACACACAGACACACACACACACACACACACACACGCGCCAGGAGAGACGGUCUUCAUUAAAUGAUCAUUUCAUGA